GUCAUUGUCAAUAUGGCAGCCUGCAUAAUGCUGUUAGGUUAAUGAUGAGCUUAACGAUUAUCUGAACCUAAUGAAGGGUUUAUCGCUGAAAGAAGCAUAAAACAUGUUUCAGCUGCUUUAUUGUAGACUGAGCACCGCUGCUCCAUCACGCUCUUUGUCGUUUUUAUCGCAUUGCAGUAAGACAGGAGUUAAAUUAAAGCUCUCACGGUGGUCUACAUUUCCAGGGUCUCAUGCAUCCUCACAGCAGCCUAGCUGCGCCGUGAGUCGCAUUUGGAGCCUUACUCAGAGAGCCAUCCGCCAGUUUUCUUCACAACCAAUUAAACGUCAAAGUUUAAAAUUCAUCUUGGGACCCGCGGUGCUUACUGCCUCAGCACGCCUGUGUUUCCAUGUAGCUCACUGUGAAGCUGACGAGAAUAACAACACCUUCGUGGAAGUUGUAUCCAAACACCCAGGGCCUGAGUUCAAAUGGCAUAUUCUGUGGGAAUUUGUCAAACCUCAGUGGUUUGCUCUUGUUGGUGCCAUCGUGCUUGCUUUUGGUGCUGCUAUCUUGAACAUUCAAAUCCCACUGAUGCUUGGGAACCUGGUGAAUGUUGUUGCACGUUACCUAAGAGAAAACACAGGGAAUUAUAUAUCUGAGAUAAAAGGACCUGCUCUGAAAUUACUUGGACUGUACGGCAUCCAAGGCCUGUUAACAAGUGGCUACAUCAUCCUCCUGUCAAGGGUGGGAGAAAGAGUGGCAGCAGACAUGAGAAAGACCCUGUUUGCAUCCCUGCUGAGGCAAGACGUGGCUUUUUUUGAUGCUAACAAAACCGGGCAGCUGGUAAAUCGUUUGACUGCCGAUAUUCAGGAGUUCAAGUCAUCUUUUAAACUGGUUAUUUCUCAGGGUCUGCGGAGUAUCACACAGACAGUCGGGUGUUUUGUGUCGCUCUAUAUCAUCUCUCCAAAGCUCACAGGUUUGACAGUGGUGGUCCUCCCCUGUCUAGUGGGAGCAGGGGCUCUCAUUGGCUCAUUCCUGCGCAGACUGUCUCGUAUGGCUCAAGAACAGGUGGCAAAGGCUACAGGAGUGGCAGACGAGGCGCUGGGUAACGUGCGCACAGUGAAAGCUUUUGCAAUGGAGGAACGAGAGCUCCAAUUAUAUGCAUAUGAAGUUGACAAAUCAUGUGACAUGAAUGAAAAUCUUGGGACUGGGAUUGCCAUUUUUCAAGGCCUGUCAAACGUCGCCCUGAACUGCAUCGUUCUCGGAACCAUCUUUGCUGGAGGGACUUUGAUCUCAAGCAAUGAAAUGUCUCCUGGGGAUCUCAUGUCUUUUUUGGUUGCGUCUCAGACUGUUCAAAGGUCUUUGGCAAGCAUUUCCAUCCUUUUUGGACAGAUGGUGAGAGGAAUAAGCUCUGGUGCCCGGGUCUUUGAAUACCUUUCUGUGCAGCCGACCAUCCUUCUCUCUGGAGGAAGGCGUAUCUCAUACCAUUCUAUGAUGGGAAGAAUUGACUUUAUGGACAUUUCAUUCAGUUAUCCAACAAGACCUGGCCACAAAGUCCUAAAGAAUUUCACCUUAACACUGCCCCCUGGUAAAACUGUCGCUGUUGUUGGUGAAUCUGGAGGAGGAAAGUCCACAGUGGCUGCCUUGCUGGAACGUUUCUACGACCCCACCAGUGGUGUGAUCACGUUGGAUGGGCUCGAUAUUCGAACGCUAGACCUGGCUUGGCUCAGAGGUCAAGUCAUUGGCUUCAUCAACCAGGAGCCCGUUUUGUUUGGGUCGUCCAUCAUGGAGAACAUUCGCUUCGGGAAGCCUGAAGCCACGGAUGCUGAGGUCAUCAGCGCAGCAAAGCAGGCCAACGCUCACCACUUUAUCACAAGUUUCCCAGAUGGUUAUAACACCAUGGUUGGUGAGCGAGGUGUGACGUUAUCAGGUGGCCAGAAACAGCGCAUCGCCAUCGCCCGCGCCUUGAUCAAGAGCCCGAGCAUACUGGUGCUGGACGAAGCCACCAGCGCUUUAGACGCCGAGUCGGAGCGAGUGGUGCAGGAAGCUCUGGACAAAGCCACAAAGGGCCGCACCGUGCUCAUCAUCGCCCACAGGCUGAGCACCAUUCAAGGGGCCGACUUCAUCUGCGUCAUGAGCAACGGGCGCAUUGUGGAGGCUGGGACUCAUUUGCAGCUGCUGAGCAAAGGAGGACUUUAUUCUGAUCUGAUCCGUAGACAAAGAGCCGAAGAGCAAAAAUAAAAACAUACAAACCUGUUUUUAUUAGAUCGACACUAAAUACCACUGUUUAUUAGAUGAACUCAAUCAGAUGUGUUGCUGUCUGUUUAGUUGUAUAGAAGAACAAAUACAACAACUAAACGGACCAUCCACAUGAACCUGUGAUUAUUUUUAAAUACAUUAUUGUACAUAUGGGAACUAAAAUGAAAUUUUAGUUUUGGAGUAUAUUUUAUGUAUGAGUUGUCAAAAAAAUUGAUUAAGUAAAUCUGGUUUUCCAAAUUAAUUUUUGUAAAUGUGUUUAAAUAGAUUUUGUUCUUAUGAAAAUGGUUGACUAUGGUUAUUGGUAAAGUUAUUAAAUAGCACAUCUGUAAAUACAAUUUUGAUAAUUUUAGAAUGACUUGAUUCUGAAGGUACAAGUCAGCUAUCAACACUAAAAAAGUGUUAACCCUAUGAUUCCUGUAUGCACAAAACUUUAAUAUCUUGUUUUUAUUCAUUAGUGAUAAACAGAAGCAUUUAUUUGAUUCAUUUAGUGUGGGCGUGCAGUCUGUGUUAGUAUAAUGUCUUGCAUCAGUUUUAGUAAACUGAAUUAUAAGCUGGUUAGCAGAACUGAACAAUAAAGAGCUGAAACUUA